AUGAAUAAUCGAGUCCGAAUUCAGAAGAAGGUUUACACUCCGACAAGUACUCCUGAACCAGAAUGCUUCCUAUGUCAAGUUAUCGAAACUGGCGAAUCUAUCAUUGUUCCUCGUUCUAGUAUGAAACGUAUUUAUGAUGAUACUGCUGAAAUACUGUUUCAUGGACGUCGGAUGGAAGCGACCAUCGAAUACCGAGGUACUCAUAGGGAAUGUCGACGUGUAUGGGAGAACAAAGGAGAGGGGCAGCAGUUUAACGAUAUUCAUGAAAUCAAUGAUUCAGAUAAAGAAAUCGAAGACGAUGACGAACCAGUUAUCCAACUUCGAAGAUUAACAACUACCGAUCUUGCAACCAAUCCACGAACACCUCAACAAAAGCGUAAAGCACUUAGUCCAGUUGCUCAAGAACGUCGACCUUCGUCAGCGUCGAGUCCUUUCGUCAGAAGAAAAAUUGAUGGUGUUCAGAUCCAUAUUGCAGGCGAUAGCCGUUCCAGUGAUGAAGAAAAUAACGAUCAACAACUUCUGAACUUUUCGUCAGCUUCGUCUCUCAUGAAACAUAUUGACGUUCAAUUCAAAGUAAUUCGAGAAGAAAAUGAGAAACAAUAUACACAACUGUCGAAGAAAAUAGACCGCAAAUACCAAUUUGAUACAAUUGAUAUUUCUUCGUUUCGAGAAUCAAAUGAAAAUGCAAGAUUCGAUGAUGUGGUAUACAAAGAUAUCAAUUUAACACGUAUUCGUAGCAAGGACUUUGGUGAUUAUGCUCGACUCGUACUUCGUCAAUUGUAUUCACGUGAAGAGCUUGUGUCUUCAAUCUUACCUCCAGGUGGCUCUCAGUAUGCUCGAAAACCAUUGGAUUCUGGGCGGUUCGAAUACCUCCAUGAUGCUUUGCGAAGUAAAUAUCAUCUUGCUGCUGACAAAUACGACGAAUUUUAUAGCAAACUGGUUCGACCAAAACUAGCGGAUUUUCUCAACGACGAACGCAAACGUGGUCGUAAGGCAAACAAGGAUGGUGUUUAA